AAGUGUAACAGUUAAUAUUGUAUUGGAUUCCACUUGUCAUUAUUUUUCAUUUUGGGUUUAUGCAUAGCGGGUGAAACGGCGCCAUCUCUUGGUGGUUAGCUGCGAUAAGGGUAGUGGACACAGGAACCUCGUUGCCAGUGUAUGGGAGAAGAGCACGAGGUGCUGUACCCGAUGAUGAGCCCAUGAUUCUGACCAGUACAUGUUCCGUUUCAUGCAGGUAUUUAUUUCAUGAUAUUGUAUUUUAUUUCAAUAUAAAUGUAUUAGACCUCGUCGCCAGUGUAUGGGAGAAGAGCACGAGGUGCUGUACCCGAUGAUGAGCCCAUGAUUCUGACCAGUACAUGUUCCGUUUCAUGCAGGCAGAUAAAGUCAGCAUUCAUCUCAUCCUGUCUCCUGAUGGUCAUUGAACACAACGCAGACACAAACUAUACGACGAAUGGAAACACAGAACUGGGUUAUGAUUAUUUGGACCGAGCUGAAUUAAUACACGGCCAAGUUCAGCACGGUUACACUGGUGCCGUGACCCGUUCUUCAGCUGCGUCGGCGCGGGCUGAGUCUACUUCCCGGAGCGCUCGCAUCGGAGUACCGGGGCUGCGUCUACUUCCUGGAGCCGCUCGCUUCGGAAGUGCCUCAGAUUCGGGACAGCUGUGUGGACUCUUUACCGCUUUGGCGGUGUGGCGGUACUUUGUUUAGUAAAUGCAAAGCUAUUUUUAACCCUUUGUACCGUUGUUUGGAGCUGUUUGUGGUUUUAUGAGUGGCAGCACUGUCGCCAUUGACCGCAAAUUUUUUUUGCUCUCUCUACCUCAGUGAAGGAGGGGCGUUUUGAGACGCAACUAUUUUGAGUGUAUUUAUUUUGUGGAUGAUUUCUGUUGCCCUGUUCUACUUUGUUGACCUGAUGGGGAUGCUUUUGUUCCCCUGUAUUUGAGUUGUAUGUGCUUUAUUUUUUUGUUAUUUUUGACUGUUUUUUGCUGUUGUUGGUAAAGUGUUGAGUAUGGCAGGCAAUUUUUUUGGUAGGGGGAGAGGGUUUACCCCUAUGCCUGCAGCUGCUAGAGGGAGAGGUGUGCUUUUGUACACUCCAGAUUCAUCCUCACCAAUACCAAGUUAUGCAGGUUUGGGUGGAAAUGUUAAUGACACUUUUGAUGCACCACAAAGUGAUGUUAAUGAUAAACGUUUGGGUGAUAUAGCUUCACAGAUUGGAAUUUCUAUUGGUGAAAGUAUUGCAUCUUGCAUUGAAACCCGCCUUAAUAAUACACUGUGUUCAGGAGUAGUUGGGGGUACAGCUAAUGAGUCUGCAAUGUUAAAUGUCAUUGUUCGCCCUGAUGUUAAAGAACCUGUGAGUUUUACAGGGGAUCAUGACUCAUGUUCAGUCCAAGAGUGGGAAGUCAUGAUGUUAUCCUAUUUGAAAAAGAAGGGCAUCCCUGUGGCUGAACAAGCUGAUGAAGUAGUAUCUAAGCUUGUGGGGAGGGCACAUGAAGUGGUUAAAGUGGGCAUACGCAGUAAGCCAGUUUUGAAUCUGCGUGAAGGACCUGAGCCCAUUUUUGAGUUACUGAAGCAACACUUUAGUGAUACUAUGUCCUACAGCUUGCCCUUAGCUGAUUUUUAUGCUACUGUGCCCCAUCCUGACGAGCACCCCUUUGACUAUUGGCUGAGACUUAAUAAAGCUCUGGAUGUGACAGAGGACUCUCUAAAGAGACAAAAUAAGGCUUUUGACUAUCUGUCACGUGACCUAGCUGCCAUGUUUAUCCAGAAUUGUCCUGAUCCUGAACUGUCGCUCAUAUUCAAGUGUAGACAGCUGAAAGAAUGGACAGUUGCAGAAAUUCACGAGAAGCUCGUUGAACACUGCAGAGCUCGCAAGCGACUAUCCAAACACAGUGUGACCAAUGUUUUGCCUUCUCAGCAACAGGAGGUCACCACUUCUAUGCAACGUGCGACACUCACAAGUGCGAUUGUGCCUGCGGCUGCUGUUGUGUCGCCACCUGCUGGACAGGCAGCCGAGAGCUCCCCGGACCGCCUGGACCAGGUCAUCACUCUGCUCGAAUGUGUUCUGGAGCAGCAGCCACAACAGUACAGGUUUCAAAGUAAGUUCAAUGUGCGCACACAGAGAGACCAACCAAUGAAAGUAAAGCCCGUAGUACCGUGUGCGGUAUGCAGCGAUGAUGGACACACUACUCAGUACCACUGCAGGUCAAACCGUCUGUGCUUUAACUGUUUUGCGCCUGACCAUGUGCGAGUGGAGUGUCCGGGGGCCGUGGUGAGGGAAGCUAGAGGCGCUAAGCAGGGGGGCGCAACCACAGGAAAACUGAGUGGCCUGCAUGUGGUGGGGGCAAGUGUUGGGCCUAAAAGUGAUCCCCCUGUUGCAAAUGUUGAUGAUGACAUGGAGUCUGUAUGCCAAAGUGUGUGCGAAGUGAGAGAGAUGGGAUACACACCUAUAGUUCAAAACAUUCAGAGACUCAAACAACAUGACAAACUGUUUUAUGAAGAUGUGACACUGGGAGGAGAGGUUACGGUCAGAGCUUUGUUAGAUAGCGGAUCAAUGGCAUGCACCCUGAGCUCUGAUGUAAUACCUCGGCUGUUACAUCAGCAUGUGUUGAGGGGCCCCACCCUUGAGCCGACAGACACCGUGUUGAUUGGGUGUGGGGGUUCCAGAACCUUACCUGCUGGAAUGUGCGAUCUGGAGAUGGAACUUUACAGCUGCAAAGUGAUUGUUCCAACAUUGGUAGUUGAGAACCAGAAUGAAGAACUGAUUGUUGGCAGUAACCUGCUAAGAUAUAUUGUUGACAGGUUUAAGGUGAAGAGUGAUCUUCAGAACCAGGGCUCCACAGCACUAAGUGACAGUCGUGAUGUGGGGCAGAGGUUGUUAAGCUUGUUUUCAAGGAUGGAAAAUGGUGAUGAAGAUAUCCAAGAUGCGGUCGGAACUGCUAAAAUUAAACGAGCUGUUACACUUGAGCCCAUGACAGAGCACCUGAUUUGGGGCAAGCUGCCGCGGGUUGAUACUAUGUUGGUUGGAAGUGCUGUUGUUGCUGAGCCAACAACAGCAAGAUCUAAACCACGGACAGUCUUAGUGGGGAGGUCGGUGUCAAUCUUAAGAGGUGAUGGCUGGCUCCCGCUAAAGGUGAUUAAUCCGUCUAACAAGCCAGUUACUCUGAAACGUAACGCUAAGUUGGCGGAUGUGUCUAUUUGCAGUUCAGUGCAAGUGUUCGCUGAUUCCCAAAUCGGUAUCCAACAACAAGUACAGGUGCCGCUUGAUGAUGGUAUGAGACACAGCCUGGUUUCGGAGACCUCUACCUUACCAGAUCAUCCUCACCCUGUGACAACAUGUGUAACCGACCCUCCCCAGUCAAAGCUAAGUGAACUGGGACUCUCUGAUGUAGACAUUGAGUCGUGUGACGUUGCCCCCGAAUACAAGGCUAGACUGGCGGAACUCAUAGUCGAAUACCAGUCGAUUUUCUCGAGGGACAAGCUAGAUUGUGGUAAGGCCACUGGUUGCCUACACCGUAUCAGAGUCAUGGAUGAGAAACCAUUCCGGUUACCAUGUAGACGCAUACCGCCCACCCAGUAUGAAAAACUGAGAGAGGUGUUGGAUGAGAUGGAGGAGCGUGAAAUCAUUCGAAAGUCUAGCAGUGAGUUUGCAUCUCCACUGGUGAUCAUUUGGAAGAAGACGGGUGACCUGCGGAUCUGCAAUGAUUUCCGCUGGCUCAACGCACGCACUAUCAAGGAUGCUCACCCGCUCCCUCAUCCAGCUGAUGCUCUAGCAGCCUUGGGGGGCAAUGCAUUUUUUUCGACCAUGGAUUUGACCUCUGGCUAUUACAAUGUGGAAGUCCAUGAGGCUGAUCGAAAGUACACUGCCUUUCAUCGCCAUUUGGAUUGUACGAGUACAAUCGGAUGCCUCAAGGACUUUGUAAUAGUCCAGCUACAUUCAUGAGGAUGAUGUUAAAUAUCUUUGGGGACCAGAACUUCAUGAGCUUACUGUGCUAUCUGGAUGAUGUCUUGGUGUUUGCCCCGACAGAGGAGCUGGCACUCGAGCGUCUGAAAAUGGUCUUUCAGAGGCUGCAGAAC